AGACAUUGUGGUAUGACUGAGAAUAUCAAAGAAGAUCAUCCAUGCUGCUGCAAAUUAACCGUUACAUCCCUUUGAAAUAAUAGUACCUUCCAAAUAAAACAUGGCGACUUCCAUGUGUUGAAAAUUUUCGGCGUGUUAUGCGUAUAUGCAUUCGUACUGUGAAGUUCAUUUUUCGUUUCUUACAUCAUUCACAGCAACCAACCAUUGUCUAUAGAUCCUUGACAAUCGACACAAUGCCAAGAAGCAUCAAACAGAAACUGGGCCACAAAAAGAAAUGGAAGCCGAAAGGAAGUGGUAGGAUAGGUUAUGAAGAAAUCACCAGAGCUAAUGCUGCAUUUGAAAGUUAUUACAAGGCUCAGGGUAUUGUUCCAGAAGGAGAAUGGGACCAGUUUAUGACAACUUUAAAAACUAAUUUACCAGCUACAUUUAGAAUAACAGGUUUUAGAAGACAUGCCAAGCAACUGUUGACAUUUUUAAAGAGUCACUACUUCAAUGAGUUGGUGAAUGUUGAGGUGGAUGGAUUAAGUGUUGCAAAACCAUACCCAUUACCAUGGUAUCCUGAUGAACUUGCUUGGCAACUGAACCUUUCCCGCGGCAAUAUCAGAAAAAUAGCAGCUUUAGAAAGAUUACAUAGCUUCUUAGUCACAGAGACAGAAAGUGGUAAUAUUAGCAGACAGGAAUGUGUCAGCAUGAUACCACCAUUACUAUUAGAUGUUCAACCACAACAUAAGGUAUUUGAUAUGUGUGCUGCUCCUGGGUCUAAAACAGCCCAACUCAUAGAAAUGUUACACGCAGAUGAAAACCAAACAUGGCCAGCACCCCUAAUAGUAAUAUUUAUUUGCAGUGCUCCUCCCAAGAAACGACCACGUUUUGAUGGAUACAAAGAAGAUCCAUUUGUGUUUUUUACCAAGGAUGAAGAGGUCUGGUCUUCCAUACGUGAGUUCUACCGUGUUUCAUCAACAUUUCCUCACACCCAGCUGUUAACAAGAUGUGAGACUGGUAGAAAGAACAAUCUGUAUCUUGUAAACAAAGUAAUCAAAGACAUUAUUAGCAAUAAUGAAGAUAAAGUCAAGGUUAUCAAUAGUGGUAUUAGAGUGCUGGCUAGAAGUGAUUCAUCUGAUGUUCCAUGCCCAUUCAGGUUGGGUCAAGAGGGAUCCAUAGUGAUGAAACCUUUUCUUGAAAACAGACUGGUGAGGCUAACAAAGAAAGAUGUUGUCAUACUACUCACAGAAGAAAAUCCAUUUAUACAUAAAUUGUCAUUUGAUGCAAUACAAGAAAUCAACGCCCAUGGUCAAGGCAGUCUUAUGUUCAUCUAUGAGCCAGGUGAAAG